GGCAAGUGGUAUAAGAAAAGUUGAGUAGGCAAGUGAGGGCUGGGAUUAUGAAUGUGUAGAUACAUACAAAAGUGGUUCGUGGACCAGCCAGUAGCAUAAUUAGCUAGUGUGCGUGUGUGGCAGAGAGGAGAGAUCAAAGGGAGAACUGAUGGGUGUCUCAGGCGCUGUUCAGUGGUGGGAGGUGUCGCAGCUGCGCAUCCUCGUCCUUGCUAGCCUGGUGAUUCAGUACAUCCUCCUUUUCGCUUCGGCCGCACGUAAGUUUCCCAUCAGAUCCUGGUUUAGACCUGUCAUCUGGCUAGCAUACCUGGGCAGUGAUGCCAUUGCAAUCUAUGCGCUCGCCACCCUCUUCAACCGCCACAGGGAGUCACAUCAGGAGGAUGGAGAUGGCGGCAGCAACAUCCUGGAGGUGCUGUGGGCGCCUAUCCUCCUGAUACACCUAGGUGGACAGGACGGCAUAACCGCCUACAACAUCGAGGACAACGAGCUAUGGACGCGGCACAUCCUCACCUCAGUGUCUCAGGUCACUGUGGCUGUCUACGUCUUCUGGAAAUCAUGGCCAGGCGACGACAGGAGGCUGCUCCAGGCAGCAAUAUUGCUUUUCAUCCCCGGUAUCCUCAAAUGCUUGGAGAAGCCCUGGGCUCUCAACAGGGCUAGCAUUAGCAGCCUGGUAAGCUCCGGAGAGCCUGUUUGGAGGUCAAUAAACACACAGAAGCUCAAGAUCGAUCUGCUUGAAGAUUUCAUUCACAAGGCAACAAGUCCUGCUGGGGCGAAUGAUUACCUUUUAACACCAGCCACACCGGUGGACUUCACUCCCCACAAGCUAUUUGUGGAUGUUGCAUCUCCUUCUCCGGAUGAUCGGAUCAGGAUGCUGCAGUCCUUCUCAGCACUGGAUGACAACCAUGCGUAUUGUAAGCUGCAGCAUUGGCUCUCUGAGACAUUUCAGCUACUCUACACCAAAGAAAAGAUGUUCCCCAUUGAGUCUGGCUUUGCAGGCCGAACCAAUAACAUCGCCCAUGCCCGUGCCAGUUCCACCAAAGUAGGCUUUUUUAGGAGUGGUCUAGUUCGACUAUUUGCUAUGUACCUUCCGUUUGUGGCCAUAGCCCUCUUUCAUUAUAGUCACAGAGAAGUUUAUAGGGAAGAUGAUGUCAAGGUUACAUAUGUGUUGCUCUGUUGUACUGCUGCCCUGGAGGGUCAUGUCAUGGCCCUAAAGACCAUGAGAAGGGGCCGAGAAAAUCGGAAGCAUACAGACGAACCUCUGUUUGCUGACAUGGUUUCCCAAUACAACCUUAUAGGUCUUGUUGUCCGCAACAAGAAGCAUUCCAGGAUGAUGAGGAUCCUGGGAGUAUUGGGAUGCUCUGACUUCCUUCAGCAACGUUGGCGCAUGAAGUCUUGCUACUCAUCCUUCAGCAUUACAAUGUUAGUGCUCAAGUAUGUGAAAGGAGGGUGGGAGCAUCACAUAAGAGAUGUUUCCACUUACAGGAAGUUCAGUGAUAACAGGGGCCAGUUUACUCUUGGGUGUGAAGGGUGCUACGAGGAACUAGGCUGGAGCUUAGAGGGUGCAUUCGACGAGAGUGUUCUCCUCUGGCAUCUCGCUACGGAUUUCUGCUACUACGACACAGGUGUAUCUCACUCUCACCACGGACUGCUGUGCACGCAAGAUUCAUGCCCUCAUGCUUAUGCAUGCCCUGCUUGGUGUGAAGGAUCUGGUCAUCACAAGAGGGCCGUGCAGUGCAGAGAAAUGUCCAACUACAUGGUGUACCUACUGUUUGUGAAUCCUGAAAUGCUAAUGGCAGGCACCAGAAGGAACCUUUUCACGACCGCCUACGACGAACUGAAGGGCAUCAUUAUCCAGGGAGACAAGCAACCUCACAAGGAAGCAGAGCUUACACAGAUUAUAAUUGCUGCAGUGGAUGGUGGAGGAUCUCCACCUCCACAGCAGCAACAGGGAGGCAUUAUCCAUGACGCUUGGAGUAUUGCCAAAGUAUUGUCCUGUCUGCCUGAAGACAAGAUGUGGGAUGUGAUCGAAGGCGUCUGGGUGGAGAUGCUGUGUUUCUCUGCCGCUAGAUGCAGAGGGUACCUGCACGCCAAGGGUCUGGCCACAGGCGUGGAGUACCUCACCUAUGUCUGGCUCCUAUUGUACUACAUGGGGAUGGAGACUUUGGCAGCAAAACUGCAGAGGGCGGAUCAUCAUUAUCACCACAACGGAGGAGAGCAUGGGGAUGGCCCUUCAAGUUCUCAUGUCAGCACGGCCGCCACUGGCCAAGAGGAAGCAGCUGGUCCAUCAAGAUCAGAUGGUGGCGCCGAAGGUCAAUCUGCCGGUUACCAUGACAGUGAUGAUAUAGUGGAAGAAAUGGUUUGAUUCACUAUGAUGUUUCUGGAAGCCGAUCUGACUCUGCGUUGCAUUGCUCUCUUUGCUUUUGCAUGUGUGCUAAUACUGUUUUUUGUUGAUUAAUGGCACUAUGCGUGUUUUGUCGCUGUCGUUUCUGCUAUGUAAUCCCUUUCUGUUGUUGAAUUCAAAUAAAGAGUGGGCAAUGUCUGCUGUAACAUUGAGGCAGAGUUUUCAGUUCUGUACCAUAUGUAACACUUGCACUGUACCGUGAAUACUUCUGAAGCAUCAUUCUUCUUACUGAUUCGGA